AUGACGUAUCAGGUCAGCGUUGCACAUGCGCCGCUCAGAAGUGACGAACGCGGAAGCGCAGGUCAGAAAUUACUGACAAGAGCAGUUGUGUUGGUGUCUCAUGACGAAGUGAAGCACUACCUCAGGAGUCAAGCACAAACCACUGCAGAGGAAUCAACAACCUCUGAGAGUCCGCAGGACACGGCACCUGCCAGAGGCCAUCAUGUGGGAGAGCAGAGGGAUGGUCUUGAUGAACACGGCUCCUCUAGUGGUGCUCUAGAAGAGAGGGUCUCUCAAGAUCAAGAUGUGAAGGAAACCGACACUGCCUCCGUUUCUGCCCAACUAAGCAUUGCUGAAAAAAGGAGAAGGUUUUCCAAGCCCAAACCCAGUCUGAGCCGGGCAGCACAGUCCAUCCGCAGACCUCUGAAUGAAAAUACCCCGUCUUUCAAACGUGACUCAACGCAGCUGCAAUGUCGCAGUCCUGUGGAAGUCCAAGUGAAGAUUGCUCCAAAUGAAUGCCUUGUUGAAGAGCACAGGGACCGUCCUGAGGAAGAGCUUACAUGUAGUGUUACUCCAGAAGUGAGCGGCCCUCAGGAUGUUAAGGAUGAUGAAGCAGAAACCACAGUAGAUGAUCUUCCUUCCUUAACAUCAAUUAGAAGUCCUCCAAUAGUGAGUAAGACAGAGGACCAGGAGAUCGUACCCUUCCUUGAGAAGCCUCAGGUUCCUGAUACCACAGCGUCAGACAAAGAUGUGCCUGAAAGAAGAGGAGAAUUUGAAAGGUCUCCAUCUCGGACGUCUGAGAAUGAAGAUCGAAUUACUGAUCAGGAGGAACAAGAUUCAGAAGCUGUUGAGUCUGAAGUCACAGACACCAUGAUUGAGGAACCUCAGACAGAGCUGAAGAGGAUUAUUCCAGUCAGCUGUUCUGCUUCUGAUCGUUCCUCAGUUUAUGCUCAGGGCAGUAUUGCCCCAGAGAGACGCAGUCAGUUUGAUAAGAUAACACCCACCAACCUGGAAGGGGCAUCUCUGGUCAUGAUAAACCCUCAACAGACCUCAGAGCCUAAUGAAGAUCCUGCUGAGAAGCCUGAACAUAAGAGUCCUGUUAAAGCCAAGCAUAGUGAUUUGGAUCAUGACAAAGAGAAGAUCUCCAGAGAAGAGAAGCUUCUGUCAUUUGAAGGAAAUUUACAGGAACAUAAACAGGAUGAGGAUCUCCUGUCCCCUGUCCCAUUACUUAGCUUAAAACAAACUUCAGCCCCAAAAGUUCUUGUGGACGGUUUCCUUCACAUUAGAGCCUUCCAGUGCAUCUCUGAACAUGACGUCUGAAGAGACCAGUAAUCUAUGUAAAAGUAGUUCUCGCAAGGUGGUGGAUGACUCCCUGGAUCCUCUUUCAAAGGAAGAAGCAGAUGAUGUUAGCACACAAUUGAUAUCCUCACUGGAAAGCAGUUGUGAUGAUGUGAACUCUUUAAUUAGUCCACCCGGGAUGUUCUCUUGUAAUUCUGCCACGCUGAAGUUGGAUGAGAUCCUGACAGAAUCCCCAGAAACUAAAGCACCUACUCAAAGGAGAUGCAAGAUAAAGGUCAAGCCGAAACUAAAGCCAUCUGUGAAGGUUGGGCCUUCAAAAAAUGGCCAGUUUGACUGCACCCAGUCAGAAUCUACCAACAUCUCAAGCCACAGCACAAACUGAGAUCGAGUCCAACCAGAAACUAUCUGUGCAGGAAACAGUUGGUCCUGAAAGCCACUCAAGCCUUGAAGACAGUGAGAGGGAAGCCCAUCCUGGACCUGAUGGCGUGAUAUCAAUAGCCAUUGUGCCAGUGUCUGAAGAUAUGAAAGAUGAGAGUCACCUGAAGUGGGAAUGUCCUCUCAGAACAGAACUCCAGAGGAAUGAGGACUCUGUUGUUGACCCUCCAGUGCACAGUACAUUCAUAAAGGAGUCUGAGGGGAACAACAAAGCUGCUUAUGAGGGUAUUUCACACAUAGUGUUGGCUGAUGCCUUCAUCAGAAGAAAUGAAGGAUGUUUUUAAUAAGGGAAAGGAAAGCCCUCAUGAUAGUGAGCUCCAAAUACCUGAGGGCUUAUCUGUAUUUCUUACAGAGAGUGCGAAAUCUCUUCCUUCAGUUAUUGACCAAGAGGAAAAAAUGGCAGAUAUUUCUAAAAAGCCUGAUACUUGCAGAGAGGCAUCAUGUGUGUCAUCAUCUGCAUCUCAAGAGAAGACUAUGCCCUUUAGGAG